ACUAUUUUUUGAAUUGCAUGAAAAUAUCUUAAAAUUUAACACGAUGGAAAGCUAAUUUUUACAUUUAAUGCUAUAUUUAUUUGUAGUUUCUUUUGGUUAGUGACAUUGGCCACACUGUGAUCGGCUGUCAACUGUCACUAUCUAGACCAAAGGGCCCCCAAUUCAGACGGUUUUUGCAGCCUUUCUUUCAAUUAAAACAACGUAAGAUGUCUAAAUUAAUAGCACAGGCUCCAGUUUUGGCCGCAAGACUGGCAGCAGAGGCAAAACCACGUCUUGAGACAUUUGUGAAGUACGCAAAAGUGGAGCUGACACCCCCAACUCUUGGAGAUAUCCCCGAAAUUCGCAAUGGUAUAAGUCGAUUGGUCAAUGGAGCAAGGACAGGGCGCUGGAAGGAAACCCCUGUCAAAGAGGCAUGGUUAAACACACUUGUUACAAUUGAAGUAUUGUGCUGGUUUUACGUAGGGGAAUGUAUUGGUAAACGUCACAUUGUGGGAUACGAUGUUUAAAAAAUUGUUAAAUAACACGAUUGUAGUUCAUAUUCUUCUCGUAAAUGUAUAAAAGUAUUCAAUCUUU